AUGUCGAAGCGCAUUUCCGACGUGUCUGCCAUGAGGCAACGUAUCUCGUACGACAUCGGAGCGCGCCAAGCCGCUAUGACCGGAGCUCGUGAUGUUGAGGAUGAUCGUGCAUCCUCAGUCGCCGCCACUCUGGAUGAUGACCUUGAUGUACUGUCUGCACGCGAGCUAUCUCCACCGCAAUCCCCUAUUGGUACCGGGCGCGACGAGCUAGCCUCCGAGGGCAUUGCCAGACAAGAUUCGGAUACCGUACCAAGCGAAGCCUCGUCGGAUGUUGCACAGGAUGAGCGAAAACUUCCACAAGCUGCGGUAUCUCGUCAAUCCCUCACUAUCAGUACCGACCCCAAGAAUCUUAUUUCCAGUUCAGAGGCAAGCAGCGUGUACAAGAAGUCCAAGACUUCCGGUUCGGUCGCUCAAUCCCAGGGCUCACAGACAGAGCAAGGUGGAUCCCAAUUCGGCAGUCUGAAGGAUGGUCUCCUGCCACAAAGAUUGUCCAAAGUAGCCUUGUCCUACCGCACAAACGAAUGGGCCAAGCAUCUCGAGUCUGCCGAAAAGCCCGACUAUGAAGACACGUUCAUGCCUUCAUCGCCUGGAGUGAUGCUCGCAAACGGAUCGGAAGAACUACCUGCGCCGAUCAGUGAUGAGCUAGCAGCACCGCUCGUUGCCAACAGGCGUGACUCGAGGUCGUCCGCCGGUAGCAAGAAGAGAAGCAGCAGCCACGGUCUUCAGAGGAAUUCUUCGCAGACUUCGCUUGCCCGCCGCAUGUCGUACACACAAUCACCGCCAGUUGGCUCUCUUUCUCGAUCUAGCUCUGCUACCAGGCUCGAUGUUCUCUCCCCUCUUCCUUCCAACACACUUCUCAGCAAACGUGAGAGUCUGAUCAAGAACCGAGCGUCUUCUCUAACGCUAACACGUUCCUCUUCGGCGCUAGCGGAUCGGGGCGACGAAGAAAACAUGACACUAGCACAACGCCGCCAAUUGCUCCAACAGCAACCUAUUGAGUCCCCCCUAACAUCGCCGAGGAAAGCGCCACCUUCGACAGGGCAAAAGUGGCAGUCGAAGCCAUGGGCGGUCAAGGGUGCGCCAGCAGGCUUUGACUCACAUCAACCCAGGCGUACGAGCAAUUCUCAGUCCGACCAGAGGCGAGAGCAACUGUACUCUGGCUGGCGCGAUAACAUGCGCGAUGCUACGCCUUCGCAGCCAACAGUUAACCUUGCCGAACAGCAGCGCAUUGCACUGAUGAACGAGAAGAGACAGAAGGAGAUGGAGAAGCAGCAGCGCGAGCUUAUGCAGCAACAGCGGGCUAGCCAAAUGGAUAGCAUGAUGCGUAGCGGUCACAUGAUGGAGGCGCAUCGCGAGGCAAUGAGGAAGUUGCAGGCGAAUGCUAACAAGCAUGCUUGA